CCAACCCAUAUUCCAUCCCUGGCAUCCUAUGAAGUCCCCUGAACAUUGCCAGGACUAAUUCCUGAGUGCAGAGCCAGGAGUAACCCCUGAACCCCUCCUCCCCCGCAAAAAAAAAAAAGUCCAAUAAACUGAAAUGGGAUACUGUGGAUUGAACCUGGGUCUGCCAUGUGUAAGGCAGGUAUCGGGCUUGCUGUACUAUUUCCAGUGCCUAAAGCACUCUUAAAAUUGAUUUCUGUUUUGUUUUGGGGCCACACCUGGUGAUGUUCAGGGCUUACUGCUGACUACUCAGAGAUCACUUCUGGCUGUGCUUAGGGGAACUUCAAGGGGUGUCAUAGAUUGAAAUGGGUAGCUGCAUGUAAGUCAACUGCCUUACCUGCUUCCUAUCUCUCUGGCCCCUAAAACGAAUAUUAAGUGAAAAUGAAUGAAAGUAGGAAGUAACUUUUGGGGAGUGGGGGAUACACCCAGCGAUGCUUAGGGGUUACUCCUGGUUCUGCACUCAGGAAUUACUCCUGGCAGUGUAAAAAGAUUUUAAGAAAGUCUUUGACAUUAAUGCUUGCAGGCCUUCAGCCUGAGGCUCCUAUCUGAGCAGGUGUGAUUCUCAGGAAGUCAGGUGACUUCCUGCAGGCAGACAGCCUUUACUCUUAGAAGCACAGAGUAUCUUCUUUUUCUUUAAUUUUGAAAAAUUUUGUGGUUUUGGGGCCACACCCAGUGAUGCCCAGGGUUUAUUCCUGGUGGUGCACUGGGACCAAUAUGGGAUGUGUGGAAUUGAACCCUGGUUGGCUGCAUGCAAGUCAAAUUCCCUCCCUGCUGUACUUUUGCUCCGACCCCAGGCAGGGAACUUCUUUCCCCAACACUCUUGAUUAGAAGUCUGUCUUGAACCUUAGUGGAUGAUCUCUUUAAACUUUGGAUGUUUCAGGACUGGAGAGAUAGUACAGCAUGUAGGACCCCUGCCUUGCACAUGGCCAACCUGGUUCUAUCACUGGCAUCCUGUAAGAUCCUCUGAGCACUGCCAAUUCCUGAGUAUAGAACCAGGAGUAACCCCUAAGCAUCGCUGGGUGUAACCUUCCCCCCCCCCAAAACAUGCACACACACACACCUGGAUGUUUCAAAUCUCAUUUUGGUGCUUGGAAGCUACCAGGUCCACAUCUGGUGUUCCUGAGAGUAGGGAGAAUGUCAUGCUGAGAAUUGAAUUCAGGGGUCUCACAUGCCUUGCAUGUGCUUUACCACCUGAACUAUCUCCUCAGCUCCAUAAUGAUUUUCUUUGUGUGUGUUCAGAGUUUUGGUCAUGCCAAUGUUUGUAUUUAAAAUUUUCUAUUAAGUCAAAAAAGAAGAGGAAGGGUUAGGAAGACUCAGUGGUAGAGUAUAUGCCUCAUGUGUGAGGCUCUGGUUUUCAUCUCUUGCACCAGAAAACUUGAUGGCAGAUACUAACAAAUUUUUUUUUUUUUUUUUUUUUUGCUUUUUGGGUCACAGUGAUGCACAGGAGUUACUUUUGGCUCUGCACUCAGAAAUUACUCCUGGUGCUCAGGGGAUCAUAUGGGAUGCUGGGAAUCGAACCCUGGUUGGCCGCGUGCAAGGCAAACACCCUACCCACUGUGCUGUUGCUCCAGCCCCAAUACUGACAAAUUCUAAGCUGACAGUGUAUUUGUCUUCACUGUUAGUUGGGCAGUAUUUGUUUCUUGUCCUCUACUUUAAGCAAGAUAAUGCCCUAAUAGAAAAUUGUGUUAUUUUGGAUCAGGGAGAUAGCUCAAAGGGGCUAGAGUGCAGGAAGUCUGGUUUGGUCCCCUUGGGUAGCACACCACACCACUUAGUUCCUGAACUAAGGAAGCAACCUCUUAACAUUGCUUGUGGGGAGUGGCCACAAAAAAAAAUCAGAAAUCUAAGUGUUAAGUUUGUCAGUAUUGAAUCACCAUAUUCAGGCUUAUGUUUCAGUUAUACAAUAUUCAAACACCUAUCCCUUCACCAGUGCCCAUAUUCUACCACCAAAAACCCCAGUAUACCUCCCGCCCCGCCCCCCCCAACUGCAUAACUGAUGAAUUUCACUUCAUUUUCUCUUUACCUUGAUUACAUUCCAUAUUUCAACACAAAACUCGCUAUUGUUGUUGGAGUUUUCCCCCCAUGAAAGACAGCCCUACUACCAAGGAAGCAUUUGAUAAUUAGUUUUCCAUUGCUUAGAAUGAAGAGAUAUGUAGCCCCACUAUUCCAGGUACAUAACUGUUUUUUUCUUUUCCCUUUUUUUUUCCCUCCUCCUCCCCGUUCUUGCACCUCAUAGUAUAGUGGACACCACACCGCGUUUCUCCUCGAAAAUGGGAAACAGCUGGGAAAGAGGAAUAUUUUCUCUUUCUCGGUGGCGUGGGGCUAUUGUUCAGUUCAUAGUCUAGGGAAAUAGCUGCUACUUUGAUUACCUUCAAUAUUUAAAAAAAAAAAACUCAGUUAUUGUUUGGAGUUUCCCCCCCAAAGUCAGACCUGCUAAAAAGGAACCAUUUCACAUUGCUGACAAGAGAUGUUAAGUUGUGCAGCCACGGCAGCGAGGUUUUGGAUUUCUGUAUAAAGUCCAGGGAAAAUUCUCCCAGAAAUUGCAUAGCCCAGCUUACAGUCCCAGUGCAUUGCUAUAAGAAGCUGUUCUGGAUGCCAAAAUGGAUUAGGCCUCUGGAAUCAAAGUCUUUAGGCGCAGAGGGUCCAUUUCACUCUCAGCAGCUCUGGAUUUAUCUGUGCUGAGGGUGUGGUGUAACAGCCACUUCCCAUGAUUCCCUAGGAGCCCCAAAGUGAAAAAAAAGUAUACCUCUGGGUUAGGAGUCUUAGAAGGUGGCUCUCGCCACAUGGAUAUUGGCUACCGCCGCCAUUUUCCGUGCAGAGAAACAAGGUGGAGAGGAAAGAUCCCCGGGCAGCGCAGAGUUGUAGCCCAGCUCGCAGUCCCAAUGCAUUGCUGCGAGAAGCUGCUCUGGAUACCAAAAUUGGUUAGGCCUCUGGAAUCAAAGUCUUUAGGUGCAGAGGGUUCUCCAAGCACUUUGAAUUAAAGCAAAGGCAUUUUUACAAGAAAGAAAAAUUGUUUACUGGGUUGAAGAGAUAGCUCAAAAGUUGAGUACACACUUUUUUUGGUUGUUGUUCAUUAUGAUUUAUUACAUUCAAUUCCCAAUUGAACAAUUGGUGUCAAAUCCCAACACCAAUCUCACCACCAUUAUACUUUCCCAUCAUCAUUAGUUCCAAUUUUCCAAAUCACCACUUAAGCCUCCAGUAGCAGGCCCUAAAUAAUUUAUUUUGUAUUGCUUGUUACGAGUAAUUUGCUAAAAAUGAUCAAAAAAGAUUUUCUUAGAGAAAACUUGAAGAUUGUAUCUCACCCUGGAGCAAUUGAACACUUGUAUAAGAGAUUACUAACAUGUUAUAGGUUAAGCCUUAGGUGUUAAUAUUUCAGUCGAGAUUCGUUGCCUACUACUUUACAUCCCAUCUAAUGGAGUACACACUUUUCCAUGCUGGAGCCUCAGUUUGAUUUCUGGUACCACUUGGUCCCCAUGAACCCUGAGUACCUCUGUGUGUGGCUUCUUCCAUCAAGUUUCUGAUUAGUGUGUAUGGCAUGUUUUCACUUCCUUAGGCCUUUUUGAUUAUAUAUAAACUAGUUCUGGGAGAGCUUUUAACUUGUAUACAUGCCUUGAAGUCCUGGAAUAAACUGCGGGGAGACUGGUUUCUCACCAGAGGGCACCAUUAUACGUUUAUACUAUUGGAAAAUCUCAUUUUGUUUGUUGCUGCUUAAUUCCAGUAGUCCUGUAACUAGCUGAGUUGUCAGAAAAGAAUGUAUUCCAGACUCUAAGAUACAAAAUGCACUACUAAAGAAUAUUGUGGGUUUUGUAACCGGUUCAUAGCAGUUCCUGAUCUCUUUCUACUGAUGGUGAAGUUCACGAUCCGAUAGUAGUACAGAUCUUGACUCCUCUCAAUGCCCUUAAUUGGACUGAUACAUUUCAGUGGAUUUGAGGUCAGCCUCAGAAAUACAUAAUACCCUUGAGUGAUUCUGGUACAGAGAAGAGUCCUAAUGGUAUUGUAACAACCAUCUCAGUUACAUAUUUUAUUUCUUUGAGAGUUCAAAAUACACAACCUUCUGUUAUGUUUUCUACUCUGCUAAGUAGAGGGGGUUGAGAGCAUGGUACUGCCCCAGUACCUUGGUCCUCAUCAUUGGAAUUUUUGGGGUUCUCUUUAGUCCAGACCUGAAUAAAGAACUGGAAGAACAAGACUUCUUGGUCUUUGACUUGUGGGACCGAAGCAGGGCAUCAGGUCCUCAUGAGCUGACCUGAAAUAGGUUAUUGUAUUGCUUAUUAGUUAUACUCUUUGUGAUUCUAUUUAUUUAUUUAUUUUUUGGUUUGGGAGCCACACUUGGAAAUGCUCAGGGGUUAUUCCUGCACUCAGGAAUCACUUGUGGUGGUGCUCCAGGGACCACAUGGGUGCCGGGGAUCAAACCCUUGUUGGUCACAUGCAAGGCAAGUGUUCUACCCACAGUACUACUGUACUAUCUUUUCAGCUCCACUCCAUGUAGUUCUUACUGAAGCUAAGAGCCUACAUGCCUUGAAGUCCUAGAAUAAGCUGCAGGUACACUGGUGUCUCACCAUAGAGGGCACUUCCCUGCAUGAUGGCAGCUCCAGGACUUGAUCCUCACAGAGGUUUGGAACUGACUUCAAGAAGUAAGGAUCUGAGGGCUGGAGUGAUAGUACAGCGGGUGGGUUGUUUGCCUUGCAUGCAGCUGACCCGGGUUCGAUUUCCAGCAUCUUAUAUGGUCCCCUGAGCACUGCCAGGGGUAAUUCCUGAGUGUAGAGCCAGGAGUUACCCCUGUGUAUUGCCGUGUGUGACCCAAAAAGAAAAAAGGAGUAAGGAUCUAAGAAACAAGUCUCUGUGCAUUCCUUGCCAAAUCAGUUACUCAUUCCUUAUGUAAUUGCACACCCCCCACACACAAUUACUUCAUUUUUAAAACUUCUCCACUUAUUCCUUCUCUGUUACUUCAUUUCCUCCUGAUGUUUAACCAAACAUUAGUAUAUUAUAUAGUCACAAACAUGGAUGUACAUACAGAAUUGCUAUAUAUCUCUUUUGGGGGUGGGGAGAAAAGGAUGUACAUACGAAGCUGGGCCCAGAACUUCUGGCUAUACACUCAGGGAUCACGUCUGGUGAGGCUGGGUGGACCAUAUGCAUUGCCUGGGAUCAGACUCCAGUUUUGCUGUACUCCUGCCCAUUGUUAUUAAAUAUCUAGUCACAUACACUUAAUCAAUUAGGGCUAUGUGCAGGGUAGGGAUAGGAAUUUGUGGUUAGAGUUAGUAUUAGAGGUAGGUUUGAGGGUUAGAGAUUAGGGUUAUUGGGAUAGGUUAGGAGUUUGGGUUUAGGGUUAGAGUUAGGGGAUUAAUAUUAGAAAUUAGGGUUAGGGUUAGAUAUGAGGUUAUACCAUGGUAGUGAAAAUAAACUUUAGGGUGAAGAUGAUGUUAGCUUUAGGGCAAUGGGUAAUGGCUCUUGCCUUGCAUGUGGCCCACUUAGGUUUGAUCCCUAGCACCUUACAUGAUUCUCUGAGCCAACCAAGAGUGAUCUCUGAGUUCAGAGCCAGGAAUUACAGAGGGUACGGCACUUGCCUUUCAUGUGACCAAUCUAGGUUUCAUCCCCUACAUCCCAUAUGGUCCCCUACAUCCUAUAUGGUCCCCCGAGCACUGCCAGGAGUAAUUCCUGAGUGCAGAGCCAGCAGUACUCCCUGAGGAUCACCAGGUGUGACCCCAAAACCACAAAAACCAAACCAAAACAAAAAAAGUAAAUUAAUUUUUCUAGUCACUGCCUUCAAUUAUAUAGUUGUUGACACCCCCCUUCUUGCUUUUUUGCCUUAUUAGGAACUGUUGGGUGGUAAGGAAGAUUCUUGGAGCCUUCUUCAUCAUUGGUCUUUUAUAAGCACUUCUAUCACCUGUGGACAUCUGAGUCCAGGGCACUAUGACUGGGACAGAUAGGACCACAGUCUUCAUGUUGGAUUGUCUGGUCUUUCUGAGCAUAUGGGGGUUUCUUCACUUCCAUCUCAUUGGGUUUGCAAGAGUUUUAUGUAUUAUUUAUUUUUUGCUUUUUGGGUCACACCUGGCUGUGCACAGGGGUUACUCCUGGCUCUGCACUCAGGAAUCACCCCUGGCGGUGUUCGGGGGACCACAUGGGAUGCUGGGAAUCGAACCUGGGUUGGCCAUGUGCAAGGCAAACACCCUACCCGCUGUGCUAUCGCUCCAGCCCCGAGUUUUAUUUUUUGUGGGUUCCUAUGAAGGGAGAUGAGAGCAAAAGUGAGAUCCAGCGGGCAUGGGGACCACUAUAAUGAUCUCAAUUUUGUUUUAAGUUUAAUGAGAAAGCUUUGAAGGAAUGAAUAAUAACAGUGUAAUUGCUACUGUAAUAAGACAACUCUUCUGGGUCAAGUUGGAGAAUAUAAAAGCAGCAGGGGAAGGAGGCAGAGACCAGGGUACUACUGCUAGGGGAGGUCUGGUGAACAAUAAUUGUUGCUGUGGUAAGAGGAAUGUUGUUGAUGUAGCUGGGCGCAGGAGAUGUGCUGGGAGUAGUCAGAAGACCUCACUGGGGAACCAGAUGUAAAGUGUGAAGGAAGAUAGUGAAGGGCCAGACCUAAAAGGCAGCACAGAUACCACUGCAGAAAGUGGGAGGAUAGCUCGGUGCUCUGUUGGGGACAACAGUGAAAAAAGAAGAAAGUAAUAGAAUCAUGGGGAGAUUCUUUCAAAGGUUGGCAGACCUACAUCAUGUUUCCUGUGUGACUCCAGGAAGCAGAUGGAAGAAGUAGAGAUUUUUGAGCUCAAGGGAAAAUAGAUCAGUGAAAAGAUGUGUUGGGCAAGCUGGAAAAAGGGCUAUUGGAAGGACUAAGGUCAAAGAGAUAGUAGAGCAGCAGGACACUUGUCUUGCUCGUGUCUGAUUUGUUUCAAUCCCUGGCAAAACAGGUGGUCCCUUAAGCACCACUAGGAGUGAUUUCCUGAGAACAGAGCCAGGAGUAAGUCCUGAGUAUUACCAUAUGUAUCCCACGCGCGUGCCCCCCCCCACUCCGGUGGUCCUCCCCUCAAAAAAUAAGGAAAAUUACUUGAGAGAUUCACAAACAGAAUGAGAUGGAAGGUGUCAGGCGUUGUAGCUGUUAAUAAGGCUGGAGGGUAUGUCAUUGGAAGAAAUAGCAGAAAGUGUUCCCUGAUAUUAGUACUAUUAUGUCAAAGCAGUAAUGAGGAAAUAGACUGGAGGCAUGGUCAUAGAAAAGGAAUAGGCAUGCUGAGCAUUUAAAGGUCCAAGAGUCUAAUUUAUCAACAAGUUAGCAUUACAGUCCACGCUACAGUCCAUGCUACAUGUGUGUGUGUGUGUUGUGUGUUGGGGGUUUCUCUCUGUUUGGCACUUCCACCCUAUGGGUUUCCUCUGAUUCCUACAUUUACUAUAAGUAGAGUAAUUGUGACAUCAGAAGGCAAUCAUCCAAUCCUGGUUUUCUGCUUUUCCCUUCACAUGUCUUUUCACUCACUUUUAUUUGCCUCUUAGCCUUUUCUCAUCAUUCAUGCUGCUGCUUUCUUGCUCCUCACCUGCUCAGAGGUCUGGCAUGUUGUACAGUGUAUUAACAUGCACAUAUUUCAUCAUGAAGCUGAAUUUUAGAUGUCUUCUGGCCCAGGAUUUUCAAAAUUUUCAACUGGAAUGUGUCUCCUGUUAGGAAUCCCAAUCACCACAUCAUUUGUUCCUCUCUCCAGAGAGUGGGUGUUACAGGCUGAGCUGUCACCAUCUCCAGUGAGGUCCCUGGUAAUAUCAGCAUGGGCAGGCUAUCUCUAUCUGGGUAGUGAGCACCUGGGGGUUUGUCCGUGAAAUGGAAACAUCUUUAAACAAACACAGACUGGGUGGCACAGACACCUGGGUUCCUUCUCUGUUAAGUCUGAAUGAGGGCUACAGAUUCAGCACAUUGUACACCUUGCUUCUCAGUCAUACUCCAUUUUCAAAACUUGCUAUGAGCCUUUUGCUAGGAUUUGAACUCUGUGGUUACAAGGCAGCUCUUCCAAGGUGUGAGAAGAGGAGGGAUGUUCUUUUGAGCAAACCAAUGUUAUGUUCAAUAGUUUCAUUUUUUUUGUUUUGUACAUACCUGGUAGUGUUCAAGGCUAAUUCCUGGUUCUGCACUCAAAGAUCACUCCUGGUGGACUUGGGAGGAUUUAUGGGGUACUGGAUAUCAAACCCAGGUGAACCACAGGCAAGGCAAGUGCCCUACCCGCUGUACUAUGGCUCCAGUCCCAUGUUCAGCAGUUGGUUUUCCAAGACUAAAGGUUUUCUGUAUUCUUGGCUUUAAAAGAAAAGUCCAGAGGUUUGCACACAUCACCAAUCUUGCUCUGUAUAUGUGCUUUCCAAACCACAAGACUUUUGCAACAUGCUAAUAAGUAGAAAAUCUGAUAUUCGCCUUCUGUGAUAGGCUUGAUUGAGAUAGAAAUGAACCUGUUUUUGUAUUUACAAGGUCAAAGACUCGCUGAACCUUCCAACUAGACCUCUCACACAUGGGUCGAACAUAUGUGGACUGCAGAUGCUGCCAACUGAGGCAGCGACAGUGCUCCCAUUUCAGAGAGCCCGGCAAGUUACCAAGAGAGGGUUGAGUUUCCCUCCCUGAUCCAAGCAGAGCCCCAGCAGCUGAAAACCUCCAGAACCCAGCCAUAGCCAUGCUCAAGGCCACUCUCCACAUGCUCAAACGAGCCUCAUACAUGAAGGAACCAUCAGGAAUCCAGGCCCCUGGCCCACAAGGGUGUCCAGUGCCCCCAGCUCAGAUCCGAAGCAGUGAUGGCGAAGGCUUGGGGCCGUCUGUACCUGUGCGUGUGCACGGCGGUGGUGCUGGUGUCAUUUCUGGCCGGCUUCCUGGUGGGCUGGUUUACUAAGCCUCUUCAGCAAACAGCCUCCUCGCUACACCAUCACGACAGUGUACGAUGGAAACUGGUGUCUGAGAUGAAAGCAGAAAACAUCAAGUCAUUUCUUCGCUCUUUUACAAAACUCCCUCAUCUGGCAGGAACAGAAGAAAAUUUGCUGCUUGCCAAAAAAAUACAGACACAGUGGAAAAAAUUUGGUCUGGAUUCAGCAAAGUUGGUUCAUUAUGAUGUUCUUCUCUCUUUCCCAAAUGAAACGAAACCCAGCUAUGUAUCAAUCCUGGAUGAACAUGGAGUGGAGAUUUUCAAAACAUCAUACCUGGAACUGCCACCAGAUGGAUAUGAGAAUGUUUCAAAUAUUGCACCUCCAUACAAUGCCUUCUCGGCCCAGGGCAUGCCAGAGGGAGAUCUCAUAUAUGUGAAUUAUGCUCGUACUGAAGAUUUUUUCAAACUAGAAAGAGAAUUGAACAUCAGUUGCACUGGGAAGAUAGUGAUUGCAAGAUAUGGGAAAAUCUUCAGAGGAAAUAAAGUGAAAAAUGCCAUGAUAGCAGGGGCUACAGGCAUCAUCUUGUUCUCAGACCCAGCCGACUACUCUGCUCCCGAGGUCCAGCCAUAUCCCAAAGGAUGGAACCUUCCUGGCUCUGCAGUCCAGAGAGGGAACGUGCUCAACCUGAAUGGUGCUGGGGAUCCACUCACUCCAGGCUAUCCGGCUAAAGAGUACACCUUUCGGCUUGGUGUGGAGGAAGGAUUGGGGAUCCCACAAAUCCCUGUACAUCCCAUUGGAUAUAAUGAUGCAGAAAUAUUAUUACGCCACAUGGGUGGAUCUGCCCCACCUGAUGAGAGCUGGAAGGGAGGUUUGAAUGUGGCCUAUAACAUUGGUCCUGGCUUCACAGGGCACGGUUUACUCAGUUUUAGGAAGGUUAGAAUGAAUGUUCAUAACACUAAUAAAAUAACAAGGAUUUACAAUGUUAUUGGAAUGAUCAGAGGAUCCGUGGAACCUGAUAGAUACGUCAUUCUGGGGGGACACCGAGAUUCCUGGGUGUUUGGGGCCAUUGACCCAACCAGUGGAACAGCUGCUCUGCAUGAGAUUGUCCAGAGCUUUGGAAAGCUGCUGAGAAGAGGCUGGAGGCCUAGGAGGACCAUCAUUUUUGCCAGCUGGGAUGCAGAGGAAUUUGGACUUCUGGGUUCUACAGAAUGGGCUGAGGAAAAUGCAAAAAUACUCCAGGAGAGAAGCAUUGCUUAUAUUAACUCAGAUUCAUCUAUAGAAGGUAACUAUACUCUCAGAGUUGACUGCACACCCCUUCUCUAUCAAUUGAUUUAUCAGCUGACGAAAGAGAUUGCUAGCCCUGAUGACGGCUUUGAGAAUAAAUCCCUUUAUGAAAGCUGGUUGGAAAAGGACCCUUCAUUGGAAAAUGGAAAUCUCCCUAGAAUCAACAAACUGGGAUCUGGUAGUGAUUUUGAAGCUUACUUUCAGAGACUUGGAAUUGCUUCAGGCCGAGUUCGCUACACUAAGAACCGGAAAGCAGAUAAGUACAGCAGCUACCCAGUAUAUCAUACAAUCUAUGAGACAUUUGAAUUGGUAGAGAAUUUUUAUGACCCCACGUUUAAAAAACAGCUUGCUGUUGCUCAGUUACGAGGAGCAUUGGUUUAUGAACUUGCAGACUCUAAAGUAAUUCCUUUCAAUAUUCAAGACUAUGCAAAAGCUUUGAAAAACUAUGUUAUCAGUAUCAACAAUUUAUCCAAGAAACAUGAGCAGCAAUUGAGAGACCAUGGAGUAUCAUUUGAUUCCUUGUUUUCGGCUGUGAAAAACUUCUCAGAAGCUGCCUCUGAUUUUCAUAGAAGACUUAUGCAAGUUGAUCUUAAUAACCCCAUUGCAGUGAGAAUCAUGAAUGAUCAAUUGAUGUUCCUGGAACGAGCAUUCAUCGACCCCCUUGGCUUACCAGGGAGACAGUUCUACAGACACAUCAUCUUUGCUCCAAGUAGCCACAACAAAUAUGCUGGAGAAUCAUUUCCUGGGAUUUAUGAUGCUAUGUUUGAUAUUGAAAAUAAAGCAGACCCUCAUUCAGCCUGGAAAGAAGUAAAGAAACACAUUUCUAUUGCAACGUUCACCAUCCAAGCAGCUGCAGGAACUCUGAAAGAAAUAUAAUAGGAGGCUUCUGCCAAAGGUUUUAAAGCAACAUGUGGCUGUGCUUAGGACCUACUCCUGGCUCUGUGCUUCAGGAAUUACUCCUGGCAGUCUCUGAAGACCAUAUAGGAUGCCAAGGAUCAAACCAGAUGCAUUUAAGAUAAAGACCUUAUCUACUGCACUAUCUCAAAGCGUGCUCCCUCCACUAUAGUUCACUUGGACUCAACAAAAUGUAGAUCUCAAGUUGCUGUUAUAAUUAAGCAGAGAAAAUGAAGAAAUUUUAAACAAAACCUUCAUAAGUCUUUUUUUUAAGUGUCAUUGAUAAAAAAUUCCUAAUCAUCUUUAGUAUAUUUCAAAUACAGACAUUGGCAAACAAACAUACCCAUUUAUUAAUAAUCUUAACUUACUUUCUAGAUGCGGACAAUGACACACCUAUGUAGGGACUGAUAAAAUAGCCAUUAUAUUUUUUGGACCACACAAGUAUUCAUGGGUAUAUACUUCAUCUGGCUAUUGAAGCCAGUUAAGUGCUCUGGGGUCCAGUGGUGCCUGGGAGCCAUCAAGCCACUGACAGGUCCUGUCAGUGUCAGGACCUCUAGAGUCAAAGAGAUUAAACUGGGGCUUUGUGUUUGCACUUCAGAACUGUGAACAAUCUUCCCUGUAUCAUAAAAUGAUGUAUCACACCAAUAGAAGGCUUGUGUACAUAUGCCACCUGAGACAACUGUGAAAAUAUAAAAAGAUAAAUGCAAAAAAAUUAAUAAAUCUUAAAAAUUUAAAUGAUUUUUUUUGAAAAAUUAUAUAUGUUUAUAUUUUUCUAACGGAACCUAAAUUGUCUUGAGUUUUAAAAAUUUUUGUUAAUUUUAUUUUUAUUU